AUCUACAUUCGUUCAACGGACGUAAAUCGUACGCUUAUCUCGGCCUACGCCAACCUUGCCGGCAUGUUUUAUGAGGGCGAGCCGGGCAAGGACUAUCCUGAAUUUGGAAAGCCUCUACUCCUCAAAUUUUUAUUCUCACAUAGCUGGCCGCACGGAUGGACGCCUAUUCCAGUACACACAUUGCCGGUGAACGAGGAUCAUGCUGGCAAUGUAUUUGCCCCAUGUCCGCGUGCAGACCAACUAGAUGAGCAGUUAAGAAGCAGCGAAGAAUUCCGCAAGUUGAAGGAAGACAACAAGGUAGAAUAA